UGCUGUACUGGCUGCUAACAGCAGAAGACUUUGGCUGAGCACGGCACAGCAUCAAGCCACUGUGGGAGACAAGACAGACAGAGAGAGAGCGGUAGAGAGACACUGAGCUACAACGCUACAGCCAAGGAGACUGCAGAAACACUCUCUCCCCCCAAAUCCCCAAGUCUGCACAGCGAGGAGAGAAAGAAGCAGUGGAGACAAACAAAAGCAUUCUUGGCUUUCAGUUUAAGAGAAGAAAAAGAAGAAGCAGAGAAAAAAAAAAAAGAAGUGAACAAUACAUUGGGCGAGAUCAUUUACUUGAGAGAGAAAGUGAAGGAGAAAGGCGUGACAGGACGGCGUCAGUCAGCGGUUGGGCUCGAGCUAAUCAUCAUCCGCCUCCAGUUACGAAGUAACAGAUUGUCGCACUGCAUGAAAGAUAAGAAGUGGGCAGAAACAGGAUGAGAGCGACUAUGAGGAUCACGUGGCCGCUGCUUUCACUCAGCUUCCUAUUUCUCAGCUUCUGUUCAAAUGCAGACAGCAAGAACGUUCCUGUCACGAACAGGCCGUCGGCCAGGCCAACUAGUGGCAGCAUAUCUGGGCCUCUUCCAAUGAUGCCCAGUAAGACCGUAACUGUAACGGCUCUAAUAUCCACAAGGCCAGCUGCUGUGGUCACCAAGCCCGCUAUGACUGCGACAUCCAAGCCUACAGACAAGCCAACCUCUGCCGGACAACAAAUGCCCACUGUCACAAACAACACACAAGCACCUCCCAUGUCCUCUGGGCCCCCCACUACUAUGAGGAUUGCCACUGCUGCUACUACUGUGACCCCGGCCCCCAGCUCACCAAAGAACGUGGUCCCAACCACAAUAGUUGACAGCAGCGGCGUUUCAGCUGUAACCCCCAAGGCCACCACAAUGCAGACACCUGAAGCCUCCGCACCCAGUAACACAUCUGGGAUUGGAGUGCCCACCACCGGGCUGCCUGGCAGCGUGGGGACAAUCAAAAUCACAAAGGUCUUGACAGUAGCCCCUACGUCGGGGCAACAGUCUGUGACUCACACCAUCAUCGCCACCAAGACGAGCCAGGACAGCAAAGGUGGCGAGAAAACAACUGUGGCGGUUACAGGCCACGAGCAGACAGUGUCGAGGGCCACAGAGCUAACUGGGAACACGGUGACCACAAGCACCCCCUCCCCCCUGACCAAGGCACGAUCUCCUGCACCACAGACCAUUGGUACCAAAGCUGGAACCACCUCCCCGCAAACCUCCACCGCCACAACCACAAUCCCCACCACCAGCAGCACCAGCAGCACCACCAGCAGCAGCACCAGCAGCACCACCAGCAGCACCACCAGCAGCACCACCACCAGCAGCACCACAUCAGCUCAGCCAAAGACGUUUUUGUAUUCUCUAAACAACGGGCAUGGGAAAGAGGAGGAGAAAGAUCUGGUGGAGCUGUGCAGGCGGCUGAUGGUCAAUUUGCAAGAUGGGAAUUGCACCCUUACAUGGCAGCACCACAACGGCAAAAUACAGUUCGACUGUGUGGAGAUAAAUGGAAGAGUGAAAACCAGCCUCGCGACCCAGUACUAUGAAGAAAUCACCAAGAAACCAACAGAUAGCAAAACCCUGAUAGCCAUCCUGGCCUCCAGUGGAGCUCUGCUGAUCAUGAUCGUCAUCCUCGCCGUUUGUGCCUCUCACCAUCGCAAGCCGUACAACGAGAACCAGCAGCACCUGACAGAGGAGCUGCACACGGUGGAGAAUGGAUACCACGACAACCCGACGCUGGAGGUGAUGGAGGUGCAGCCGGAGAUGCAAGAGAAGAAGGUGGCGCUGAACGGAGAGUUCAACGACAGCUGGAUCGUCCCCAUCGACAACCUGCUGAAGGACAUAGUGGACGAGGAGGACACGCACUUGUAGAGAGACGACUGGGGACAGAGGAGGAAGAGGAGGAGGAAAAGGAAGAGGAGGAGGAAAAGGAAGAGGAGGAGGAGGAAAAGGAGAUGGCGACAGAACAAACGCCAAAACAAAAAAAAGAAUCCAAACUUCUUGCUCCAUGCCAGCCCUUAUCUUACACUCCUGACCCUGGAGGUUGUUGUCCCUGUAGCUAGAGAAGACAAACACAUACUUCCUAUACAUCAGCCACGCCCCCACAUUAAUGCUGUCUGUCUGUUUGAUAUAUUUCUACUCUAGUUUGAUAGGAAAAAAUAAAUGAAGAUUAAAAGUAUCAAAGCCUUUGGGGAUGAAGUACCAAUCAAAUCGUACAAGGUGGCCUUUAAAAAAACUCCACUAAAUGUUUUGACUAAACAUUUGUUUUUAUAAGUGACUUCACACAAUUCACUCUGAAAACUCUAAGUGCUCCAGACCAGACAAGAAAAUUGUGCCUUUUCAUAAAAAAAUUGUACACAAUCACCUGUAAAUAAAGUACUUUCCAGUUAUUUUCUGCGAGUGAGGAAGAGUCAGGUGACGUUGUUAAACGGAUUGCUGGCUCCGGAGGCCCAAUGAGGAGGAAGCUCAGAGAGGUAACACCGACGCCGGCUGCCUCCGCAGUUCUAGAGUUACUAUUAGACGUAGAGGACCUCGGGGCGCUUCACAGCGUCUGGGCACUUCUCCGCUUUUGGCUGUGAAGGCGGCGCCGGUUAACUGUUCAUUAAGAAAGACGAUGUCCACUAAGACGCUUCUUUAGGUGAAUAGAAAAAAGACAAAUGGGCUUUUAAUCCACAGUGCCACAUUUUGAGGCCAGGGUGUACGGAAGUUUUGUUUUGCGCUCUCUCGAUACAUUUAACGUGAAUACAAACGAGGGGAAAAGGUUCCAGCUUUCUUAAUAAAAUGCGAAGUCCGAAAUUGGAGACGCGUAACAGCGGUAACUCGUGCCACUCUCAUGUAACCAAACGAUGAUUUGUGAGAAUCAGAAAGACUUAACUUGUUUCUUUAUUUAUUUAUAUAUAUUUAUAU